UAAAUGCAGCUGUCAUCUGUCAUUCGCAUCGCGGAUAACCUCAAAAACUGUUUACAAUAUACUGUAUUUAUAAAAUAGGAUAUAGUUAAAAUGAAGCUACCCAUAACUCAGUUAUCACAAUUUAUGUUACGGCAAAGUAAUAGAAAAGCAUUUUUGUCCAUUAGAUAUUUAAGUACUCAAGAAGCUACAGAGCGUCGGCAUCAUCUCUUCACAUUAGAAAAGAAGCGGCAAUUAGAACUAGUUGGUCGAAUAGAAAAGAUUGAAGUGAAAUACAAGGGUGUACCAGAAGAAUGCACAUUGGUUAUGAAUAAAGACAUUUCUACACCAUACGAUUGUGCUAAACAUCUUGGGGAAUGGCAUAUGGAGAGCAGUGCUUUGGCCUUACUGGAUGGUUCUGUUCACUGGGACAUGCAUAGACCUCUACCAGAGAGUUGCACACUAGAGUUCCAGACAUUCAACAUAGCGGAACCUCAGCAAGUGAAUAAAGCAUUCUGGCGGACUUGUUCAUUUGUACUCGGUGCAUGCGCAUCUGUAGCCUUUAAAGAUAAUGUCACAGUUAAAUUGCAUAGCUUUCCAGGGCCUGAUAUUCGUAGCGGAUCAUUUAUCUACGAUAUUGAUUUACCCUCGUUACCGGACUGGCAGCCGACACAACAGGAACUGCAUACAUUAAGUGCGGAGUAUGUUAAACUAACGAGAAAGAAUGAAUUGAUAGAACGACUUGAAGUAGGAGAAGCGUUAGCUUCGGAAAUGUUUGUGGACAAUGAACAUAAAACGAAGCAGAUACCGGAUAUUGCUAAGGCUAAUGGUAAGGUGACACUAUACAGGGUGGGCAAUCACGUGGAUAUAUCUAAAGGACCUCUAAUAAGCAGCACGGGACAAAUUGGCAAAGUCACUAUAUCUUCGGUACACAAACUAUUGGGAUCAUCGGAGAGUGAGGUGAAGCAAUUGUAUCGAUUCCAAGGCGUGGCGUUACCGACCGGCGCCAUAUUGAAUCAUUUUGCGUUUUCGAUACUGACGGAUCGCGCUAAGAAAUUGAAUUCAGCGAGAUCACCAAUCAAUUCAUUCUGGGAUGGAAAGUUUACACCACAGAGUAUGAAAGCACAGGCUUAAAUUAUACUUAAGUUAAAUGUAUAGGCUUGUAAACUACAACUGUCUUACUCAGAAUCAACUGUUAUUAAUAAGUCGAUCCUUUUCAGGCAAGUUAGAAAUUUUUUUUGAACAUUAUUAAGCAAAAGUCUAGGAUUUUAGGUUUAGGUUUAUAAAUAAAGCAAUAAGAUGUAUUUA